AUGGAACAAAUUAUUAUGAAUUAUGAAAAUCAAAUCAAAUCAUUACAACAAUUACCAUUAAAACUUGAUCAAGCACAAUAUACGAACUUGCAACAAUUAACGAUUGAUCGUAGCCAAUGUACAAGCUUACAACAAAUAGAUGAAAGUCAAUGUACAGCGGAUGAUAAUAAUGAAUUCGAAAAUGAAAUUACUUGUAUGUUGUUACAUGAUAUUGAAUAUAAAACUGUUGAAAUUGAGCACGAUGAAGAAGAGCUCCAACAACUUAGAUCACAAUCAAUGGAUUCAACGUUUAAUUCAAUUUGUGAACAAAUUAACGAGAUUGUUAUUCGUUGUGAAUCAGAACAUAAUUCAGUUAUGCAUGUUGAUCUUAAUAAACAAAUUAUUGAUUUAAUAAAAAGUAUUGAAUAUAAACGUAACGAAAUUGAAUACAUUCAACAUGAAUUAAAUGUUUUAAUUAUAAAUAAUGAGGAUAAUGAGCAGAUUGAAUGUAAUAUUAAUGAAAUUAUACGUUUACACGAUAUCAUUGAACAAGAUUUACAUGAAUUAAACGAUUUAAAAAUACAACGAUUACCUGUUCAUGGUGGAAUAUCAUCAGUUUCGUGUAUUAAAGGUGAUAAAUAUAUAUUAUCAAUUCGUACUUUACAAGAAUUAAUUGAACAAAAUCAAAAAUAUGUAAAUCGUAUAAAAGAUCAAAAAACACAAAUAUCUCAAGAUCAAAUGCAAUAUAGAAAUCGAGUUUAUCAUUUACAAGAAAUAAAUGAAAAAUUAUCGACUGGUUCAAUAUCAACACAUCUAGAUCUUGAGACAACAAAAAUUGUUAAUGAUAUUUGUGAUUUAUUGACAAAAGUUGAAUCAGCUCAACGUAGUUUAGAGCAUUGUGCAAUACAUUUAUCACAGUUAUUACAUAAUUAUCAAACAAUGAAACUUGAUAACGCUAAAGAAAUUGAACAAAUGGAGAAUGAAAUUAAACAAUUUAAUCAUAUUAUAAAAAUAUUAGAACGAUGUAAAGAAAUUGAAGAAAAUGAUGGUAAUGAUGUUGGCAAAUAUUUAACUGAAAUUGAAAAAUUAAAACAAAAAGUUGAUGAAUUACAAAAGAAAUUGGAACAAUCGGGGAAUAUGGUUGUUUAUAUGGAUGCAAUAAAACAUUUACAUUCGCAUAUUUCUAAAUUAGAUCAACAAAAUCGUGAAAGGGAUCGUAUUGAACUUCAUCAAGAAAUGACAAUGAAUUAUAUACAAAAAUUAACGCAUGCUGUUGAUAAAUUACAUCCAUCUAAGAAAGGUGAAUCAACAUCAAUCGCUCAACAAAAUAUACAAAUUGAUAUACCAAAAUCAGUUGAAUAUGAUCGAGUAGAAAUAUCAUCAGAUAUACCUAUUGAAGUGUACAAUUUAAGAGUUGAUAAUGAAGAAUUAAAAACAACACAAGAAGAUUUACUAACACAAAUGAGAUCAAUUGAAGAUGAGAAUAGACAAUAUCGUGAAGAUAUCGAUGCGUUACAAUUGAAAUAUCAAACAGCACUUCAAGACAAUGAAGCGUUACAAUUAAAGUAUGAAAAUGCAAUACAAGAUCUAGAAAGUUGCAAUGCAAAUUCAAAUAACAUAACAGCACAAUAUGAGGAGAAAGAAUCAGAAAUUAAUAAAUUAAAAGAACAAAUUUCACAUUUACGAACACAAUUAGAUACAAUUAUCGAAGAGAAUAUUCAUUUGAUAAAAAUUAAUCAAAACGGACAAAGUGAGCAGCAAAAUAAUUAUCCACAAGAAACACUUAGUACUGGCUAUGAUGCAGAGGAAAGUGUUAAAAAAAUUUUAUCAAAUCAAACACAACAUCAGAACUAUAUUGAUGAACUAGAAAAACGUAUUGAAAACUAUGACUUUAUAAUACAAACCAUUGGAACUGAUGGACAUUUUACUCAUUUAUUUUUAAUGAUCGGUGAAUCGAUUCGUGCUUUAGAAGGAAAAUUACGUGAUUUGAUGAGAACCUAA